CUUUUGAUUAUGGCGAAUAUCACAAUAUUGUUGAGGCAUUCCGGUUCAUGGGUAUCUGAAAUUGAAUAUGAAAACUAUAGAAUUGAUGGAAUACUUUUGAGAGAUAAUGCAAACUACAACAAUCUAGUCGAUGGUAUAUCAGCACAAUUAGGAAUCGAUUGUACUCGAAAAAUAAUGGAGAUCAGAUACAAGAUGGAAGGCAAUCUAACUCCAAUGGAAAUCCGAAACGAGAUGGGCAUGAGGUUUUUUAUGGAACUGAAAAGACGUCAAACAAAUUGCGGGAUGUAUCCAUUGUGCAUAACAACAAAAGAUCACAAUUUUGGAUGUGGUAUUAAUGGUGAAAUUGCAUUUGAGCCAGAUACAUCAAUUGUUCAAGUUGGAGGUGAUGACAUGAAUGUAUCUGGCGUAGUUCUUCAAGAGAUUCGUAGUGUAGAUGCAUUAUGUAUUUUGGAUAUGAAUUCGGAUCAUGUUAUUGGUGACUGUAAUCAAAAAUUUGUUCAAGUCAAGCAGUUGUAUAAGGACAAGAAGACUAUUGUGGCUGUUAUGCAAAAAUAUGCCAUAGACAAUCGAUUCCAAUACAAGGUUGCAAGAUCCGACAAAAAGAGUUAUUUUUUGAGAUGUAUGUCUGAGGAGUGCCAAUGGGUAUUCAAAGCAUCCUGUUUGAAUGAUACAACUAUUUUUCGAGUAAGGUGUUUCAAUAACGAUCAUACAUGUCCGUUAAAGGAUAAAGUGAUGUCACAACAUCAAGCAACAAUUGGUUUAAUAGCUGGAAUAGUUGCUCCAAAAUAUGAGAAUCAUAAAAGAAAGCAUACUCCAAAGGACAUUCAGGAAGAUGUUAAACGUGACUUGGGAGUUGACAUUAAUUACAUGAAGGCGUGGCGUUCGAAGGAGAGAGCUAUUAAGAUGUUAAGAGGAGGUCCAACAGAGGGUUACAUUAAGAUGCCAAGCUACUUGUAUAUGUUGGAUACUGUGUAUCCAAACUCUUACAUCUGA